UGUUAUAAGUGUGUUACAGGCAAAUUUAUCAGCUUUCAUCAAGUUAGAUUCCUGUCUUCAGCAUCGGUGGCGCUCGUGCAGGACGUCGUCGUGACGUCAUGAGGGGUCUUUGUGAUCUCGGAGAAGAUGGGAGGGAGUGAUGAACGAAUCCAGCAGCUCGGAUGAAGCUGCGCCGCAGCAGGUUUUCCGAUGUGUUGCUAUGGUGAUUUAGACAAGCCUGAACUACGUCAUCUCAUCCUGAAGAUGAUCCGGCUAACUAGAGGAACAGGGCCUCUUUGUAUGGCUGUUGUUAAACUCCACACUGUUAUCAUGUAAGACAUUUAAACCUGAAAGCCCGUGUGUCUUUCUAAUAUUGAAAUACAACACUGCAUUAUCACAACAUCUGCACCUAGAAUGCACUUGUGAAAACACCUGGAACCUACAGAUCCCCAAUAAAUUCGAGCUGAAACAGGUUUUCUCUUCAAACCAAUGGAGGCCAAUCUGGGAGAGAGUUAGAAGACAGUGGUUGUAAUGCUGCACUUGGUUCAUAUGUCCAUGAUACCGUCAUGAUUACAGGAGUGUGCGAAUAAACCCGAUGCAAGCGACCUAAGACAGUUGGAUUGUUUCAUGUGCAUAGACUCGACAAAGAUGGCCAUUGUUUACAAAACUGUAAGACCCGCAAACAAAAUGUAUUUACCGAAUCAACCAAACCUAUUGUACUAUAAAUAUAUAACCGCCACUAUGCAACGUGAUGUGCAGAUAAUGCGUUGCGCUCCCGGACAAAGAUCACGCAGUCCUCGCUGAACGCGCGCACCCAACCGUUGCAGGCCUCCCAUUGGCCGAGCGGCACGUCACUCCCCCGCGGUGCGCGGUAGGUUGCAGAGCAGGGGAAGCGCUGACUGCGGUUCAUAGGGCAGCACACAGCAGCGUACGCCGCCGGGGACAUCGAUGGUGGAGUACGCGUCCAUCGAGGGAGAGGUCUGACAGAGACCGCUGCUGGGGCUUACAUGGAGAGCUGGAAGAGAACAUGAGGCCAUCGCGCGUAAUGAUGUACACGUCUCCGGCUCUCAUAUUUAUUCUGUUUGGAACGGCAUAUAUUGGAUUUUCGGAAGCGGCUGCGCGCAUCAGUCCCUCCGAUGGCUCGCCUGUCUCCGGGACGCCCGGCUCAGCCUCCGGCGCCCGGGAGACCUUCCGCGCCGACGCGCCGGGCACAUUACGCGAACCCGCUCCCGGGCCUCUGACCGACCUCGCACGGCCGCCUGCCAUUGUUUCGCCCGGCCCGAGCAGCACCAGCAGCGGCCCCGCGACCAAACCCGCCACCGCGGACCCGAGCGCCACCUCCGCUUCCACCACCACCGCCGCCCCCGAUCCCGGAAUUAUUUCACCCGUCUGGGGGAAGAUAACCAGAUUAACCAGCGCACGCAAAAGAUCCACCGAUGCACUAACGUCCCCCUUUUCCCCGGAUAAAAUGCUGCAGACCAUGGGGUCCAUGGCGUCCCAGCGCACGGCCAACGACGCCUGGGCAGCAGAUCACAUCGGCGCGUCUGCUCCCUCGGUAGAGAGCAGCCAAGAGGCUCUUUGUAACUGCAGCAGCGGCGGUGAGGGGAUUUUGGACCCGGACGAGUGUGACCCGGCUACCGGUCAGUGUUCCUGCCUGUCGGGCUACAGCGGCCUUCAGUGCGAGGACUGCCAGGAAGGACACUUCACCAACGGCACCAGCGGCUGCCUGCCCUGCUCCUGCGACUCCUACGGCGCCGUGGACCUCCUGUGUGACAGCUCGGGGAUCUGUGUGUGCAAGACGGGAGUGUACGGGCCAAAGUGUGACGAGUGCCACCCGGGUUUCUUCCACUUCAGCAACACCGGCUGCCGGCCCUGCCAUUGUCAGAACCACACCAACUACUGCCACCCGCAGUCCGGAGUGUGUCUGAACUGUGAAGGCAACACCCAGGGCGCCAACUGCGAGGAGUGUAAGCCUGGCUUCUACCGCAGCCACGAGGCCCCCGCAACCGAAGCCUGCGCGCCGUGUCCCUGCUCCGCCGCCACCUCCACCGGCCCCUGUCACCCCGAUGACCGUGGCUCCCCAGCAUGUGACCAGUGCCUCCCCCGGUACGCCGGCCCGCGGUGUGACCAGUGCAGCGCCGGCUUCUACAAGCAUUCUGGCGUGUGUGUACCAUGCGACUGCAGCGGGAACGCCGACCCUCAGGGGCCCCCCCAGGUGUGUCAGCCCGACACCGGCCAGUGCCUCCGCUGCAUCAACGGCACCAGCGGGCCCCAGUGCCAGCGCUGCGCUCCGGGCUUCGUGGGGGACGCGCGAGCACACAACUGCACCCGCCCAACACCUCGGCUUCUGCUCACACCAGAACACACGACCACAUCGGAGACGCCCUCGACCACCGCCGGCACCGCUUUGACCUCCACCACAGCCGGCGGCAACGCCAGCACGCCGCUGAGCGCCGCCGCCACCACCCAGGCGCUUUUGACCAGCCCGAGCAGCCCCACCGACAACACCACAGCAGCCCUGACGGAGGUGUCCUGGACACAGUUCAACAUCAUCAUCCUGGCCGUCAUCAUACUGGUGGUGCUGGUGCUGCUGGGCUUUGUCGGCGGCGUGUACACCUACCGAGAGUACCAGAACCGCAAGCUCAACGCCCCCUUCUGGACCAUUGAACUGAAAGAGGACAACAUCAGCUUCAGCAGCUACCACGACAGCAUCCCCAACGCCGACGCGUCGGGCCUGCUGGAGGACGAGGCCAACGAGGUGACGCCCAACGGGCAGCUGGCGCUCACCACGCAGGGCAACUGCUACAAGGCUUAGCGCUCCACCCACCCGCGAACUUUACCGACGACACACAGCUGCUGCAAAGUACCAAAUCCGAAUCUCCUUCAUGUCCGCCUGCUUGUCGUUAUCCCGCUGGUCCGCAGCACUUCACAGCACAGUGCGACGCAGCAGAUCGGAUCAGCGGCGUGGAAAAGCCACGUCUCUGAUGUGAUUUUGCGCGGGAUGGAUGAUCAGCGAAAAGGGUCCGGAGAAAGACCGCGUUGGGUUGAGUUGUGGCUGCGGAGCGCGGUGUGCACACCAGUGAUCAACCUGUUGGCCGGAACAAUGAUCCCGACGCUGGUUGGAGGACUCACGGGAGCCGAGCGUUUCAGAUAUUUUUAAAAAUGGACUUUUGACUGUUUAAGUUAUAACUGGAUCACGUGAACAGUGAUCUGACACUGAGACAAUGAUUGUUAUUUAAUGCGUUUUGAUUCCAUUCUUAUUUAUUGGUUGGCGUUGCAUUCUCGGGAGAAAUGCUGCACAUGUGUGGUGUGUUUAUUCAUGGUGUUUGCUCUUACGUGCUGUCCGGUGGUAAUUUGAAUUGCCCAAUAUGUUUCCAUGUAUAGUUUGGUGUGUUUGGGAGAGAGUCGUAGGGGAAGAUUAAGGGUGCUGACGAAGCAUUUGAAUGACCUCAUCUAUUGUUUAUAGCUUCCGCUCUUUUGUCAAAGCGUGCCAACUCACCCGAGUUUUUAUGAGGAGUGUUUCUUUUUGAUGCAAGUGCCGUUCAAAAAGUCACCACCUAACGGGAGUGACUCAGGCCGGGCUCACGUUAAAGCGCCGUAAUCCGCUCGGGAUCUAAUCUGUACAACCACACUCAACAAGUAGUUAAGAAAGCUUUGUGUCCGCGUGUACCCGGAGGCGAGUUCUCCGAUAAUCAGAGUGUUUCAAACAUAAGCAGUUGUCCUGAUACGGGUUUUUUUUUGCAGUGAAACCAGCUCGCAGACGAUCAAAGUUCCUCAUCAGACAGUCUUUGUUAUCACGUACAAUCAGGUUGCAUCAGCUAAAAGGGAGUUCAAAGUGUCACAGCUGAUCCGGGUCCCAUGGUGUUUUCUGUGUUGUCUAAGCAACCAUUGGAUAGCGGCACUUCCUUUCAACACAACUAUGAGUAAAGCUAAUUAUAGAAACAAACUCCUCAGGUACUGUCUCUUUCCCUAAUGUGAUCGCUGUAAAUAUGAUUAUUGUACAGAUGAAUGUGAAUAGUAGCACUAUUAUUGUACAGGUGGAAUACUGUGUGUACACUGCCACUCAACAAGCCCCCACCUUUCACCCUCCGAGGUGUGAUUCUGCAGUCGGCCCACAGCUUUUGUAUUUUCAUUUCUUCUCCUCAGUACACAUUGCCACGUACGCAGCUGCGGGACUGAAAUGCUGUAAAUAAUACCCCAAAUCAGAGGUCAACUCACAAAUAAAAACGGUUCCUCCCUCGCAAA